GUCCUCGCUGGACAAGGUGGUCCUGUCGGAUGCCUACGCUCACCCCCAGCAGAAGGUGGAGGUGUACAGGGCUCUGCGGACUGCAUUGGCAGACCCCUUCCCAGUACCUACCUUUCAGGUCCCCCUUUCCCAUGUCAGGGCAGGACCAGAGGCAGAAGCCGGUUGGGGGAUCCGGCCGGGGCCCCAGAGCGGCAAGAGCCCCUCUCCUUGCGGGGCAGCCGGAGCCGCGCUUGGAGGCGGAAGAUAUGAGACCUCCUGCCCCUCCCCUGUCCCGCUGGCCGCCUGCCCAGAUGGCUUGGCUGCCCAGGGCAUAUUCUCUAACUGUGCUGCAGUCUCUCCCCAAGUCCCUUUUGCCCACCUUAAUUUGGGGCUCUAGGGAUGGGGCUAGGAGGGCACCAACUCCGCCUAAGUAUGCUCCCUAUGGUAGGUCUUUGCCUUCAUUCUGGGUUGUUGCUGUUUGCCUCCCAAUUUUGUUUCCCGGCUGGGAAACUUUGGGGUAUCCCCGUGCCCCCAGGUCUGGGGAUGGGGAGGGCUCUGACCACGGACCUCACCCCUCCUGCGCCCCGCAUGGGGACCGCCUGGCGCCUGACUGCCCGCCUCGGCAGAAAGCGGGAGCCCAGACGUGCUGCAGAUGCUCAAGAUUCACCGCAGCGACCCGCAGCUGAUCGUGCAGUUGCGUUUCUCCGGGCGCCAGCCCUGCAGCCGCUUCCUCUGCGCCUACCGCGAGGGGGCGCUGCGCACCGUGCUGGAGAGCCGCUUGGCUGCGGCGCUCGCCCUGCGCUCCAUGCCGUUGCAACUGGAGCUGCGCGCCGGCACGGAGCUGCUGGAUGCCUUGCUCACGGAAGAGGAGCGCUGUUUGAGUUUCAUCUUCGCCCAGAAGCCCGACCGGCUCCGGGACGAGGAACUCGUUGAGUUGGAGGAUGCGCUCCGGAAUCUGACGUGCGGCUCCGGGGGCCAGGGUGGCGAUGUGGAGGUCGCUCCAGCCCCCGCGCAGUCCCUGGUGCCCUCUACGUCGGAGGAGAAGCGGCCGCCGCCAUCUGGCCAGACAUUUCUGUUCCAGGGUCAUCCCGUAGUGAAUCGGCCGCUAAGCCUGCAGGACCAACAGACGUUCGCGCGCUCCGUGGGCCUCAAAUGGCGCAAGGUGGGGCGCUCUCUGCAGCGUGGCUGUCGAGCGCUGCGGGACCCGGCUCUCGACUCCCUGGCCUAUGAAUACGAACGAGAGGGGCUGUACGAGCAGGCCUUCCAGCUACUGCGGCGCUUUGUGCAGGCCGAGGGCCGCCGCGCCACGCUGCAGCGCCUGGUGGAGGCGUUGGAAGAGAAUGAGCUCACCAGCCUGGCAGAGGACUUGCUGGGCCUGGAGAAUCCUGAUGGCAGCCUGCCCUAGGCUGGGUACCAGACAAAAGGGCGGUCAGCCAGUUGCCCAGCCAGGAUUUGGAGCACCUGGAUGUAACCCUAGGUCCCCUUCUGCUGCUACUGCUGACCUCCUGUUCACCCACAGGACCCUGAGAGACCACAAUUACAACCCUACUUAGCCGAGCUGCUGGGCAGAGUUGACCGCCUUGAAUGCUGGAGUGCCAUUGAGGAUUCUGCCCCACAUACAUACACACAGGAUGGCCUGCUGCAGACGGGGGCCUCAGUCACCCACCCUAGAAGAGGGGUUUCAGGCCAGCCCUUACCUCUUCACUCAUUGAACAAUCACUCAAUAGGCACCAGCUGUGUCUUAGGCAUCAUCCUGGGUACUGCAAAUACUGUGGUAAACAAGAUAGAGGAAUCCUGCCUGUCCCCAUUUCACACUCAGUGUAGGACUCCGAAUAUUAAGCAACAGUAAUAAAAUAUUACCUGUUUCUUGAUGUGAAAAAUACAAGAAGUUGUGGGAGCACUGGGCAGGGGCCUAACCCAGCUUAGGGGUUAGGCUUCUUGGGAGAGAUAGGAGUAUGAAUAGGGGGAGAGGGGAGGGUUCUGAGAGAAGGAUAAUGUCCUGGGCAUAGCCAGCCUCGGGUGAGGACUAAAACAAGGUAAGCGGAAUGGUAGACGAACAGAAAGUUUGAAUGGCUGGAUCUAGGAGUAGGUAGAUUUGCAGAGAGACCAGUUGGUGAGUGGGAGAGGCAGAUAGUGUGAGGUCUGGUGAGCCAUUUUACAGAGUGGAUUUUAUCCCGAGGCCAGUGAGUAGCCUUUAAAGGGGAGGCUGGUGAGGAUGCAGUGAGAGAGAGGUCAGUGGCCCAGGCUGGGGCAGUGGCAGCAGAGAUGGAGUAAAGGGGUGAACACCAAGAGUAGUUCAGGGAAGGAUAACAGACCUGGUGACACUGGAUGAGGAAUGAGGUAAGAGGACCACUCACUGCCUUUGCCAGUUGGAUGGAGGGUGAAGCUUCUUGCUGAGAUGGGGGCAUGGGGGAGAUGAAGUGCUUGGUCUAUUUGGCAUAAGUUGGGCAUGAUGUUCCUGUAGAACAUCCAGGGAGAGAGUCUGAGGACAGCUGGAUCUAUAGUUUUGAGUUCAGCAGAGAGUCAAGGCUAAACAAUCAUGAAUGGACAGGUGGUAGUAGUGGAUGGGGUGGCUCAGGGAACGGUCCUGAAGGAUACUAACCAGAAAAGGAGUACCCCAAACAGGGAGGAGGAAAACCAGAUUUGGAAGCCAGGGGAAUUCUCACCUGCUGUGAUGGAAGCUGCAGAUCAGUUAAGGCUGAGGAGUGUUGCUGGAGUCAGGGAAAAGGCUACUAGGUGGGGGAUGUUUCUGGGACCUAAUGGGGACAGCCUGAAGCCAGACCACAGGAGGGAUGGGAGGUGAGGCAGUAGAGAAAAUCGUAACAGAAGACUCCUGAGAAGUCUGUGAACAGGAGAAUGAAGCUCAGGAGGGAGGUUUUUUUUUUUUUUUAAAGAUUUUAUUGGGGAAUCGGGG